AUGGCCUCCGCGGUAGAGCGCACGGAUGAGCUGGUGAGAGAGUACCUGACCUACAGAGGCUUCAGCUCCGCCCUGAGACACCUGGACCUGGACCUGAAGAUGGACCGAGACAAGGGCUUCAGAGUGGACCGCAUCAUGGAGCACCUUCAGCAGCUGGUGCAGAGCUUCGACCUGAGCGGGCUGCGGGAGUCCUGGGCACACCUGGAGAAGCGGCUGUUCAGUCGGCUCGAAGACGUGUACCGCACCUCCGUCAGCAAGCUGCGGACCAGCCUGUACCGCUACUACGUCAUCUACACCAUCCAGGUACCGCUGCUACGUCAUCUACACCGUCCAUGUACCGCUACUACGUCAUCUACACCGUCCAUGUACCGCUGCUACGUCAUCUACACCGUCCAUGUACCGCUGCUACGUCAUCUACACCGUCCAUGUACCGCUGCUACGUCAUCUACACCGUCCAUGUACCGCUACUACGUCAUCUACACCAUCCAGGUACCGCUGCUACGUCAUCUACACCGUCCAUGUACCGCUGCUACGUCAUCUACACCGUCCAUGUACCGCUACUACGUCAUCUACACCAUCCAGGUACCGCUGCUACGUCAUCUACACCAUCCAGGUACCACUGCUACGUCAUCUACACCGUCCAUGUACCGCUACUACGUCAUCUACACCGUCCAUGUACCGCUGCUACGUCAUCUACACCGUCCAUGUACCGCUUCUACGUCAUCUACACCGUCCAUGUACCGCUGCUACGUCAUCUACACCGUCCAUGUACCGCUACUACGUCAUCUACACGGUCCAGGUACCGCUACUACGUCAUCUACACCGUCCAUGUACCGCUACUACGUCAUCUACACCGUCCAUGUACCGCUGCUACGUCAUCUACACCGUCCAUGUACCGCUACUACGUCAUCUACACCAUCCAGGUACCGCUACUACGUCAUCUACACCGUCCAUGUACCGCUGCUACGUCAUCUACACCGUCCAUGUACCGCUGCUACGUCAUCUACACCGUCCAUGUACCGCUGCUACGUCAUCUACACCGUCCAUGUACCGCUGCUACGUCAUCUACACCGUCCAUGUACCGCUGCUACGUCAUCUACACCGUCCAUGUACCGCUGCUACGUCAUCUACACCGUCCAUGUACCGCUGCUACGUCAUCUACACCGUCCAUGUACCGCUACUACGUCAUCUACACGGUCCAUGUACCGCUGCUACGUCAUCUACACCGUCCAUGUACCGCUACUACGUCAUCUACACCGUCCAUGUACCGCUACUACGUCAUCUACACGGUCCAGGUACCACUACUACGUCAUCUACACCGUCCAUGUACCGCUGCUACGUCAUCUACACCGUCCAGGUACCGCUGCUACGUCAUCUACACCAUCUAGGUACCGCUACCACGUCAUCUACACCAUCCAGGUACCGCUACUACGUCAUCUACACCAUCCAGGUACCGCUACUACGUCAUCUACACGGUCCAGGUACCACUGCUACGUCAUCUACACCGUCCAGGUACCGCUACUACGUCAUCUACACCAUCCAGGUACCGCUGCUACGUCAUCUACACCGUCCAUGUACCGCUACUACGUCAUCUACACCGUCCAUGUACCGCUACUACGUCAUCUACACCGUCCAUGUACCGCUACUACGUCAUCUACACCGUCCAUGUACCGCUGCUACAUCAUCUACACCGUCCAGGUACCGCUACUACGUCAUCUACACGGUCCAUGUACCGCUGCUACAUCAUCUACACGGUCCAGGUACCACUACUACGUCAUCUACACCAUCCAGGUACCGCUACUACGUCAUCUACACGGUCCAGGUACCACUGCUACGUCAUCUACACCGUCCAGGUACCGCUACUACGUCAUCUACACCAUCCAGGUACCGCUGCUACGUCAUCUACACCGUCCAUGUACCGCUACUACGUCAUCUACACCAUCCAGGUACCGCUACUACGUCAUCUACACCGUCCAUGUACCGCUACUACGUCAUCUACACCGUCCAUGUACCGCUACUACGUCCUCUACACCGUCAUCUACACCGUCCAUGUACCGCUACUACGUCCUCUACACCGUCAUCUACACCGUCCAUAAGGGGAAUCUGGACAAGACCCAAGAGUUCUUCCUGAAGCUGGGGGCGGAGCUUCAGGGCCAGAUGGAGUGGCGUGAUUGGUUUGUGCUGCCGUUUGUUCCCGCCCCUGAGCAGAACCCGCUCUUCGCUCCGUACUUCUCUCGGCAGUGGACCGACACCUUCCUGGUGUCUCUGCACAACUUCCUGUCUGUGCUGUUCCAGUGCUUACCUGUCCCUGUGCUCCUGAGUUUUGAUGCAGAGCUGCAGCGUGUCAGCUCCCUGUACGAGGAGAAUGACCAGCUGCGCCAUGCGCUCUUUGCUCUUCAGUCCGAGUCCCGGGACCAGGACGCUCCGGUCCAACACAAGCUGCCUCCAUAUGUCCAGAACACUGACCGGCUGGGAGAUACUGAACUGGAGCUGGUGUGGAGUCAGAGAUCGUCCAACACUUCCACACCUCCCUCCAAGAACUUCUUUUCCACAUUCCUCCCGGGUCAGAGCAGGAAGACCCCCAACCGUGCCCCCCCCCCCUCUGCUGCUGCUGCCGCCUCCCCCAACCGGGCCCCCCUUCCCUCAGCUGCUGCCACCGCCUCCCCCAACCGGGCCCCCACCCCCUCUGCGGCUGCCUCCUCCCCCAACCAGAGCGCCAUGGGCCGCAAGGACCCCCUGACCAACCAGUACAGAGUGGUGCAGUACAGAGAGGUGCAGUACAGAGAGGUGCAGUACAGAGAGGUGCGGUACAGAGAGGUGCAGUACAGAGAGGUGCAGUACAGAGAGGUGCAGUACAGAGAGGUGCAGUACAGAGAGGUGCAGUACAGAGAGGUGUGCAGUACAGAGAGGUGCAGUACAGAGAGGUGCAGUACAGAGAGGUGCAGUACAGAGAGGUGCAGUACAGAGAGGUGCAGUACAGAGAGGUGUGCAGUACAGAGAGGUGCAGUACAGAGAGGUGCAGUACAGAGAGGUGCAGUACAGAGAGGUGCAGUACAGAGAGGUGCAGUACAGAGAGGUGUGCAGUACAGAGAGGUGCAGUACAGAGAGGUGCAGUACAGAGAGGUGCAGUACAGAGAGGUGCAGUACAGAGAGGUGCAGUACAGAGAGGUGCAGUACAGAGAGGUGCGGUAUAGAGAGGUGCAGUACAGAGAGGUGCAGUACAGAGAGGUGCAGUACAGAGAGGUGUGCAGUACAGAGAGGUGUGCAGUACAGAGAGGUGUGCAGUACAGAGAGGUGCAGUACAGAGAGGUGCGGUACAGAGGUGUGCGGUAUAGAGAGGUGCGUAUAGAGAGUGCAGUACAGAGAGGUGCAGUACAGAGAGAGAGGUGCAGUACAGAGGUGUGGUACAGAGAGGUGCAGUACAGAGAGGUGCAGUACAGAGAGUACAGAGAGGUGCAGUACAGAGAGGUGCAGUACAGAGAGUACAGAGAGGUGCAGUACAGAGAGGAGGUGCAGUACAGAGAGUGUGCAGUACAGAGUGUGCAGUACAGAGAGGUGCAGUACAGAGGUGCGGUACAGAGUGUGGUACAGAGAGGUGCAGUAUAG